UCUGACAGCCAUCAUGAAGGGAUCACUGAUCUUCCUCUCCGUCUUUUAUGUCUGCUCUUCAGUCCCUGUAAACCGCCCGACCAACUGGCUCCGACAAUGUCGCGCCUCCACCAACCUCUCCAUCACAGCCCUGGAAGUGCUGCCAGGCGGAGGAUGGGACAACCUCCGCAACAUGGACAUGGGUCGAGUCAUGAACAUCAGUUUCUUCCAGUGCCAGACCACCGAAGACGGGCUCUACCUCAUCCCUGACGAAGUGUUUGUCAUCCCGCACAAGGAGACAGGUGUGGAGACCAGCUCAGAGGUUAUCACUUCAUGGAUUAACCAGACAAGCUCUACGUCUGGAUCCAUAAAUUCAGAUACAUCCUUCUUUUCGGUGCUGAAUGCCAAAUUUUCUACUGAGAACAUGAGAAUGAAGACCCACCAGGUCAAAGACUCUUCAACUACAACCAGAGUGAAGGUUCGGAACUUCAUCUACACAGUCAAGGCUUAUCCAGACUUCACUUUGGACACACGCUUUGCCCAGCAAGUCAAAGAAAUCGCUGACGCACUGGAAAACAACCAGACAAGGAACGCAGACUAUCUGGCAGAGAAGAUGGUGUUGGACUAUGGAACUCAUGUUAUCACCACUGUCGAUGCUGGGGCUCUUUUGGUAGAGGAAGACUACCUUCGGUCUUCAUAUAUGUCACAGAGUGUGUUAGAUAGUUCAUCUGUCAAAGCAUCAGCUGGCUUGAAUUUUUUUGACAAACUCAAGUUUGACAUAAGCAGUGAAAGGAGCCAAAAGAGCUCUUUACUUCAAACUUAUCAGUCCAACAUCCAGUACUCUCUCAUUCAGAGUCAUGGAGGCACAUCUUUUUAUCCGGGCAUCGGCCUGCAGAAGUGGCAAGAAAGCACCCCCAACAACCUGGUUGCUAUUGAUCGUUCAGGAGUUCCCCUACACUACAUUAUCAACACAAACGCAAUCCCUGAUCUACCAGAACCUACAGUUAAAAAAGUGUCUCUUUCUGUGAGUCAAGCUAUAGAGCGCUACUACAAGGUCAACACCCGCCCCGGCUGUGUUGACGUCAACUCCAAGAACUUCAACUUCCAGGCCAAUGUUGAUGAUAACUCUUGUGAGGGCCCUGCUACAAACCUUAGUUUUGGUGGUGUCUACCAAGAGUGUGUUCAGCUCACCCAAGAUGCAGGUCCAAUUUGUGAUGUCCUGGCCCAGAAAAAUCCAGACACAGGCGACUUCUCCUGCCGUUCACCUUACUCUCCAACUCUACUGAGAUCUGAAGUGAGACAGCAGGGUUACUCUACAUAUGAUUGCUAUGAGGAAAGCCAUAGCUGCUGGCUUGUUCUCACUUGCCAUAAACGCCGUUGUCAGGAUAACUACCACGUACGUUCUGCACGCAUCAACACCUACUGGUGCUCAGUAAACGGAGAAGCCCCACAGAAUUCAGGGUUUCUUUUUGGAGGGAUAUACAGUCCCUCUCUCCAGAACCCCCUCACAAAAGCCAAAAGUUGCCCCCCAGACUUCAUUGCACUGAAGUUUCUCUCAGAUGGUCAAAUGAUCUGUGUUAGCAACGACUAUGAGAUGGGUACCAGAAACUCUGUACCUUUUGGAGGCCUCUUCAGCUGUCAGUCAAACAACCCUCUGGCAAAAUAUCAACACAGCUGCCCUCCCAAGUUCAGCCAGCACCUUGCUACUGUCAGUGAUGGCUGUGAAAUUCUUUACUGCGUCCAGUCGGGGUUGUUCACAGGUGGGCAGCUGCUGCCAAUCCGUCUGCCUCCCUUCACUAAACCUCCACUCAGCAUUAAGGCCACUGACACAGUUAUGGUGAUGACUGAAGGAGAGAUGAACUGGGUUAGAGUGGGGAAGACAAAGGCAUGGAAACUUGCUAAACCAGAGGAAAUCAAUGAAAUUGUGCGGUCAUUUAACCCACAAAUGAGUCAGAUGUCGAGUGGAGAAAAGGCAGGGGUAGUCUUUGGGGUAAUAGGUAUGAUGCUGCUGGUCGUAGCGGCAGUAGUGUUGAUGAAGAGGAGGAGGAGGCUGUCUGGAUUUACGACACAUAGAGGCUAUGAGGAAAUACGUAAUGAGGCUGAAAGAGAGGCAGAGCAAUCUGAGGCUUGAGGAAAAGAAGAAGAAAAAAUGUUUAUUUGUCUCCAGUUUGUAAAUCAUUAACUUGCUGUAUGUACACGUUUGCUUCUCACCUUCUGUUGUGGUCUGUAACGGACAUUUGUUGGUAAUAAAAUACCUUUUUUUUUUUUUUUUUAAAUUAAAAGAGCGUGAACGCAUGUUAAAUAUAACUGCAGACAGCACUUAACUGAGAUGAACCCUAUCGUGCUGAGGUCAGUGUUUACAUUUAUCACUCAUUUCUAUUUCCUAAAAUCUAAUCUUGACAUUCAGCACCAACUACACUGUUUUGCCACAUCCUGCCUUGAGUGAUCCACACAACGAUCAACAGAGCGCUUUUACACAGCUUUGUACUUUUGAUCUAAAUGUAAUCCAAACAUAUUUCAUACAGGUAAACAUGUUUCUUGGGAACGUAGAUUGCAGAUGAUGCGGCCGUUGGUUUUCUUCUGACCUGUAGCAGAAAAAAAAUAUGGCAUGGUUUUAUGAAGGCAAUAGAGGAACUGAUAACAAUGCCUGACAGAUGAAUAUAGACAGUAGAUAACAUAGUGUGCAGCCUAAUUAGUAAGAGUCCAGUUAUCCCCAUGAGCCGGUUUAAUCAGCAAUAUGAUUUUUGCUGCCACCCGCUGGCUGCAUUCAACAACCAACUAGUUCACUGAAGAUGCAACCGACAAGCUUUUUUGAAUGGAAAUGUUCAACUCUUUUAACACUUAGUGUGUUUGACUGCAUAAAGUCAAGAUUAAAUAAUGAAAUGAAACAGAAGAACAUUUAAACGACAUUUAAAUUAAAAUCAGAAAAACUACAUCUUUUGGAGCCAAGAUGACACUGGAAGCCAGUCACAUAUGAAUAAAGAACAGGCAAGUACCAUUAAAAUAAAUUAAUAAAUACAUAAGACUCCGCUGUAACGGACUUUUGACCCCAGCAUCAUGUUCAGAAUAACCAGAGCAUUUGUUGGAAGAAGAAGACAACACACUUACCAAAUACUGUCCGGUGAAAGAAAUGCUCAAAUUCCUAUUUGGAGAAUUUAUACAGUAAUUUCCAAAAACUUGUUUACUGCUCUUGGGGUUUAUAUUUCUAACUGAUUAACUGGUGUAGUUCUUCAUGCCGUUAAAUGUAUCCUCCCUUCACGUACCCUGGAAAAUUCUCCUGCACAGUAUUAUAGGGUAACCACUCAAUGUUUUUGGCUUUUACUUUUCAUGUAAUAACACACAUUUCAAAUAAAUGGUACUUUUUAUGUGUGA